AUGAGCAGGGACGUUGUAACCAGAAAGAGAAAGGCUCUAAGGACGCAAAUAACUCACCUAAUAACGGACGCCGACAACAAAAUUGAAGAAAAUGCUGACAAGAACGAUCUCUUGCUAUCGGCUAAUCUGAUUAAAGGAGUCGCAGAAACGCUCAGAGAGACGAACACUCAAAUGGAACAAUUUCUGACGGCCGAAAGCGUGGAUGCAGAAUAUGAGAGGGUGAUCGAAUACGAUCUCAAGGUAAUAACUGCAAUCUCCAAGUUAGAAGUCAGUAUUCAAAACACAACGCAGGGUAUGCAGAGAGGAGAACAUGGUGGCCAAGUUCCCGCGUUAAGAGAAACCGCACCGCGUGAGAUGAAUGAACUGGUGAAGUUGCCAAAGCUCGAACUCGUGAAGUUCGAUGUAAACAAAUUGAUGUGCCAACGAUUCUGGCAUCAGUUCGAAACGUCAAUUCAUUUAAGACCGGGGAUGUCAAACGGACAUAAGUUCAAUUACCUUAUGACGGUGCUUACGGGAAAAGCCGCCUUGGCCAUUGAGGGUCUGCAGUUUUCGGAAAGAAACUAUGAACAGGCGAUAAAGCUAUUAAAAGGCAACUUUGGGAGUGAAGACAACUUGAUGGAGGCACAUAUGAAUGCUUUCAUCAACCUGGGUCAAAUGAAAUCCUGCAGAGACCAUAAUGGUCUAGCUCGGAUGUACCAGAAGAUACAGGUGCACACAAGUGGGCUUGAAUCAAUGGGGAUACUUAUCGGAUCAUAUGCUGCAAUGCUGUUUCCAAUAUUGAAGAAAGCAGUACCAACAGACAUGCUGGUAGACUUCAAAGUGAAGGAACAAUCAAGAUCACUUGAUCCAGUAGCGUCCACGUCACAACAAGCGCACGAGACCUCAGGAAGGACAAAUUAUGAAAUGUUGAAGAGCCUAAUUGACUACAUCAAAUAUCAAGUGAGAUGCAGGGAAGAGGUAACAGAAGAAGAAACGAGAAAUAGUAACGCGACAGCGCCAUCCCCACCUGCAAAAUAUUCUGCAUGGGCGUCAACGUUCCAGAGCUCAGCAGCGCGUAAAUGCUUCUUCUGUGAUCAAAUUGGUCACUACGCCGAAGACUGCACGAAAACGCAAUCAUAUAAGGACAGGAAGUCAAAACUCCGAGUCGACAGAAGGUGUUUUCGCUGUACAAGACCAAGCCACACAGCUAGGUUCUGCCAAGCCAGGAUAACCUGCAAGGCCUGCAAGCAAAGGCAUGCAACAUCAAUGUGCCGCCGUAACGAGCAGGGUGAAGGAGUCAACCAAAGCACAUCCACUCAGCGCAUUACAGUAAACACACCUGAUCAAAGCGCACACGCAAGUAGUGCAGCAUUGUACCAUGAUCAAGAGGUGUCUACGGAGAGGGCAUGCAAUUUCCAUGCCUCACAACAGAUCUGCCGUAGCAGCACGUACGUGUUACUACAAACAGCGGUCGCUUGGACAGAAGGAAGAUUGGCAUCAGAUUAUUGUCGAGUGAUGCUGGAUAGCGGAAGCCAGUGGUCGUUUAUAACCGCAAGCUUCAUCAAGAAAUUGGGAUCCAAAGUUCUCAGAGAAGAAAGACUCUCUAUUGGAUCAUUUGGGGGAAAAAAGGUGGAGCGAAUACUCAAUGUAGUGGAGCUGAAGCUGAAAAAAGAGCCAAUGAGAGAAGAAUUUUUGAUAGAGGCCUUAGAGGUGGAAGUCAUCUCAAGAGAGACGCUGCCAAGGCCAGACAUCAAUAUUCAAAGGAACCUGAAAACGAUGAACGUACUACUAGCAGACAACCCAGAAAAAGUAGUCAAUAACGAAGCUACGAGAAUUCUGAUUGUCAUGGUCUUGAACGUAACUGCAACAGUUGAGGAGGUCAACGACGCCUUGAAACAAUUUUGGGACCUGGAAGCAGCAGGCAUCAAAGAUAGUCCAAUAGAAAACGGCCACGACGAGGACAUACUCGCCAAGUUUGAAGAUACAGUAACUUUCCAGGAGGGCAGGUUGAAGGAAAUAAUUCAGAGACCUGAACCAGAAGCGUGGAACUACGUACAAAGUGCAGAAAAUCCUGCCGAUCUCCUAACGAGAGGAGUAAAAGCUUGCCAACUUGUGACCUCACGUUUAUGGUGGAAAGGACCAGAAUGGCUAGUCGAGAGCCAAACACGACCACCACAUGAGUAUAAAAUAAGAGAAGAAGUAAGUGAACCAGUGAAGACAGAACUGUGCGUGGUAAACCUAACACUCGCCAAUAUAAUCGACACUCGAAGGUUCAGCUCGUACGUAAGGCUCUUGAGGGUGACCGCCUGGGUGUUCAGGCACAUAAAAAGGAAAAGAGGAAGCAAUACUACGGGCCCUGUAACAGCUGAAGAACUGGAUGAAGCUGAGCGCUAUCUCAUGAAACAAGAGCAAAAUAUAUCACUCCUAAACCAGGAAGUCGCAACGAUUUGA